AUGGCGGCGCUCCAUUACACUGGGAACCAGAAACUCCAUUCAAAUGGGUGGCAGAUAGUAUUUGAGCCUGCUGCCUGCCAAGAUGUAACAGUAGGAAUGGGAACAGGGCCAAGACUUGGAUCCAGAAUUCCCAAAAGGUUAUUUAAAAGGACCCACUAUGAGGGGGGAGGCGGUAGUCCAGGAAAGGGGAUUAACUUCAUGACAAAGGUCCGUGCAGGAGAUGGGUGGGUUUGGUCAGAACACAAGAAGCAAGGUUGUUGGGGUCACCUGAGGAAGGCCCCAGGCACUAGGCAUGGCGGGAGGAGGGCGCGCCUGGAGCCGCUGGACCCCGGUGGAUCCAGCGGGGACUGCAGCUGGCUCCCAGCACUAGGCCCUGGAGUGCGCGCGCGCACGAGGCCGAGGCCCGCGGGGCGCCUGCGCGGUGGGGCGGUUGUGAGGAGCGUUGAGAGGCGGCGGCGCGCGCUCCAGACUGGCGCCCCUCAGCGGCGGCGGCGGCGACGGCGGCGGUCGUGGCGGUUGCGACGCCUGAGCGGUGAGUGCCCAGGCUGUGCCCCCGGCUCUUCCUCCUCCUGCCUGAGGUGCCUUGCGCUGGCCGCCCCGCUCGCCGGGGUCCUGCAGGUCCCCAGGACGCCCUCCGGAGACGAGCAGGCACUCCGGGUGCCGACCCUCCACGCCUUGUCCUCAGAAGCUAAACGAACCAGGCGGCGAAUUUUGAAUUUACUUGUUGAAAUGUUCUUGACGGUUGUUUUUUGUUUUGUGAUUUUGUUAACACGCAAAUAUAUUGCUGCAAAGAAGAGUGGACCUUACUAUUAUGCUGCUCAGAAUGUUGAGAACGUACCUGCAUUCAUCAGGAUUCCCCCCGUUACUCCCUAUCCUUGGGAACUAGCUUACGUGCCUUCCAAAAGUACAGUAGUACAGAAUAUUGUUGAAAAUGUGAAACAAAGUUUACACACCAAUAUGAAAGUUCUGGGCUUUUCUUUGGAAACAGACUUUGAAGAUUAUGUUAAACAAAUUAAUAACAGUAAGAAAGUUGUGGCUGCUAUUGUUUUUGACCACAACUUCCAAAAUAGCAAUGAUCCCCUGCCACUUAAGGUAAAAUACCACCUGCGUUUUAGCAGUAUUAAGAAAAACAGGAGAUUUAUGUACGAAUUUCAAGAGGAUUCUUGGCUAACACAUUCUCUCUUUCCAUCUUUCCCUUCUUUGGGACCCAGAAACCAGUAUGAUACACUUGGGGGAAAUCCCGGGUAUAUCAGUGAAGGAUUCCUGGCUGUUCAGCAUGCCGUGGAUAAGGCCAUCAUGAAGUAUCAUAACAGAACAGCUGCAGAAGCACUGUUUAAUGAUGUCAGGGUUUUUGUUAAGAGGUUUCCAUACCCAUUAUUUUAUCAAGAUGCCUUCUUUUUAUUUGCUUCCGUUUUCAUACCUUUCAUCAUUGUGUGUAUCUUCUCUAUAAAUCAUCUUACCCUGCUUCAAUCUCUUGUGUGGGAAAAGGCCAAUCGACUGAAGGAAUACCAGCUCAUGAUAGGACUCAGUAAUUGGAUGCUCUGGGCUGCCUAUUUCUUCACAUUCUUCGUUUCUUAUUUGAUUAUCGUCAUUUUUAUAUGCAUAAUUUUCUAUGUCGAGACUGAAUCUAUGCCAAUCUUCCAAUACAGUAGCCCAAUUAUUGUCUUCAUCUUUUUGCUGAUUUAUUCUGUUACCUCCGUGUGCUUCAGCCUUAUGAUUAGCACAUUUUUCAGUAAUGAAACUGGAAUUAAAUGGAAUAAUCUCUUCUCACAAAACGGAUAUGACAACUUUUUCUUUGCCUAUGUUCUGUUAAUGCUACUAAUUGAUGCCUUCUUGUAUGUCCUUGUGGCUUGGUAUAUAGACGCUGUAUGUCCUGGAAAGUAUGGUAUCCCAAAGCCAUGGAACUUUUUCUUGAAAUACUCUUACUGGUCUGGGAAACCAGCUGUGGAAACAUCUGGAUUACACCAAUUUCAUGAGCCAGUACAAAGCAAGUAUUUUGAAGCUGAACCUACUGGUUUGGUAACAGGUAUCACAAUCAAACACUUGCACAAGGUAUUCUACCAUAAGGGCACUAUGAAAGUAGCUAUAAAGGAACUGUCUCUGAAUUUGUAUGAGGGGCAGAUCACUGUUCUUCUAGGACACAAUGGGGCAGGAAAAUCCACUACUCUGUCAAUUCUGUCAGGUCUCUAUCCUCCUACUAGUGGACAGGCCUACAUUUAUGGAUAUGACAUCUCAACGCAGAUGACUCAGAUCAGAAAAUCACUGGGGCUAUGUCCCCAACAGAAUUUAUUGUUUGAUUACUUGACAGUGUCAGAACACCUUCAAUUCUAUUGUGCGAUAAAAGGAGUAUCUCAAGAGCAGUGUCUAGAGGAGACUGACCACAUGCUGUCUGCUUUUAACCUGCUGGAAAAGCGUGAUAUGUUUUCAAAGUCACUGAGUGGAGGAAUGCAGCGCAAACUUUCCAUCAUUAUAGCACUUAUAGGGAACUCCAAGGUGGUAAUACUUGAUGAACCAACAUCUGGCAUGGACCCAGCUUCGAGGCAGGCCACCUGGGAUCUCCUUCAGAACUAUAAAGAGAACCGUACCAUGUUACUGACCACCCACUACAUGGAUGAAGCUGACGUUUUGGGUGACCGCAUCGCCAUCAUGGUUCAGGGACACUUGCGGUGCUGUGGAUCUUCAAUUUUCCUGAAAAAAUUAUAUGGUGUGGGAUACCACAUAGUCAUGGUGAAAACACCUCAUUGUGAUGUUGAAGAAGUUGCAAAAUUGAUUCAUAAUUAUGUGCCAGUAGCUACAAUGAAGAGCAAUGUUGGAACUGAAUUGUCAUUUAUUCUACCCCAAGACUAUAUACACAGGUUUGAAGCUCUGUUUACUAAUCUGGAAAGCAAACAGCCAGAACUGGGUAUUGCUAGCUUUGGUGUCUCUAUCACUACCAUGGAAGAAGUCUUCCUCAGGGUCAGUCAUAUGGAAAAUGUAUCGGCAGAUAGCCAAGCUGUGCAACCUUCCUCCCGAGAGGUUCAACCCACCACAAACUGGAAUAGGAAUGCAUCAGAAGUCAGAGAAGUGCAUUCUUCCUUGUCACGGGAAACUGUUAGGUUUAAUACUGGGUGUCUGCUCUAUUGCCAGCAGUUUCGUGCCAUGUUCUUAAAGAGAAUGAUGUUCAGUCGGCGCAACUGGAAACUCAUGUUGUUACAGACACUGGGACUUGUAGCUUCCUUUGCCUUUAUGUUUGAGAUUGGUAAACCUUCAAAUGCUGAUGAGAAUGCCAGAGAAAUGAAUUUGGGCGAAUAUGGUCAGACCACUGUGCCUUUUUCCAUUUCUGGAAAUUCAAAUUUCACUACAGAUUUCUUAAAACUUCUUGAGAGUAAGCUAACAUCUGAAAACCAGAAACUUAAAGAAGUAGAAGAUAGCCUACUGAAUUACUUGAUGGAAAGUAAAGAUAAACGUGCAUGCAUUAUUGCAUUUUCCAUUGACAUUAAAGGAAGUCAGACAAUAUUCACUGCUCUGUUCAAUAAUGAAGCAUACCAUUCACCCUCUCUGGCCUUAGCAGUGUUAGACAACGUUCUAUUCAUGUCACUUUCUGGCAAGAAUGCUUCGUUAACAAUCUCCAAUAAGCCUCAGCCACGUCGUAGCAUUAUAAAUAAGGAAAAGCGACGAUUAGAAAAUGGAAAUGUGGUGGCCUCAAAUAUGCAACUUGGCAUAGCUAUUAUGAUCAGUGGAUUUUGUCUCCUAACAGUGACUGAGAGAAUCUCCAAGGCAAAGCAGAUCCAAUUUUUGAGUGGGACCUCUGUCUUAGUGUACUGGAUUUCUGCCUUAUUGUAUGAUUUCAUCAUCUUCCUCAUUUCUAUCUUAUUACUGCUGAUUGCAUUCAGAUACUACAGACUUAAUAUUUACAUCACGGAAUACCACAUUCUGGAAACAAUGCUGAUCUUCAUAUUGUUUGGCUGGUCUGCCAUCCCCUUCAUCUAUGUGUUGAGCUUCCUGUUUACUGGAGCAGCUUCUGCCUACAUCAAACUGAUCCUGCUCAGCUACUUUUCAGGCACUCUGUGUGUUCUCAUAGACAGCACGGUAGAUUACAGUAAGUUGGGAAGAUUGUCAAACAACACCAAAAAGUUGCUACGCGAGUCAUUCCAUUUAUUUCCCAAUUACAACCUUGCAAAGUGCAUAGGUGAAUAUACCAGAAUCUACAGAAUGAAGAUACUGUGCCUUUCUCAAAAGACUCCAUCUACCGUACUUGAUUGUAGUAAAGAAAAUACUGAAAAGAACAUUUACUCUUUGGAAAAGGGUAUGCUUGGAAAGUAUUUUAUUAUUAUGGCCAUCACAGGCUUUAUUUUACUUCUCCUGCUUUUACUUUGCGAGACUACUUGUUGGCGAGUAAGAGCAUUUCUCAAUCAACAAGUUUUCUUUAGAAUCUAUAAGAUAUUCAAGAAGAAUAGAGUGACCAAUGAACUAUCUGGAAAAUCUGAAGAUGAAGAUGUACAAAAUGAGAGAAUUGCAAUAUUAGAGCAUCCUGAAAGGUUUCUGAAUUCUAUGGUUCUUAUUAAAGAACUCACGAAGAUAUACUUUAAUAUUACAUCCGUCUUCGCUGUGAGAAAUAUCUCUGUUGCAAUCCAAAAGAGAGAGUGCUUCGGCUUGCUUGGAUUCAACGGAGCUGGAAAAACUACCACCUUCGAAAUUUUGACUGGAGAGGAGAGUGCUACCUCUGGGGAUGUGUUGAUUGAUGGUGUUAGCAUCAACAAAAAUAUCCUAAAGGUGAGGUCAAGAAUUGGCUAUUGUCCUCAAUUUGAUGCCUUGCUGGAAUAUAUGACUGCUGAAGAAAUACUGAUAAUGUAUGCCAGAGUUUGGGGAGUCUCUGAGUCCCAUAUUCAUCUGUAUGUGAACCAAUAUUUGAAUUCAAUGGAACUGGAGCCUCUUGCUAACAAGAUUAUUAGUACCUUUAGUGGAGGAAACAAACGCAGGCUGAGUACUGCUAUUGCCAUAAUGGGAAGAUCCUCAGUCGUCUUCCUGGAUGAGCCAUCAGCCGGCAUGGACCCAGUAGCCCGACGCCUGCUCUGGAAUGCAGUGACCAAGACACGGGAUCAUGGAAAAGCUAUUGUCAUCACCUCACACAGUAUGGAAGAAUGUGAUGCUCUGUGUACCAGGCUAGGCAUCAUGGUCAAGGGGAGGUUCAUGUGCCUGGGCAGCCCUCAGCAUCUCAAGAACAAGUUCGGCAAUAUUUACAUCGUGAAGAUCAAGGUCAACAAUGAAGACGAGUUGGAAAAUGUGAAAAAUUUUAUCAAAACCACAUUUCCAGGUAGUAUCUUGAAGCACCAUAAUCAAAAGAUCCUUAACUACUACAUUCCCAGCAAGGACAGAAGCUGGGGAAAGAUGUUUGGCAUUUUGGAGAACGCCAAAAAGGAAUUGGAUUUAGAAGAUUAUUCUAUCAGUCAGAUCACGCUGGAACAAGUCUUUCUCACCUUUGCUAAUCCAGAAGACAUAGAUGUUUAUGCUCCACAAAAGAAGCCAUGA